CGAGAUCUCCUGAUGUCAUUUGUUGAUGUUUUAGUGGGAGAAACAUGGCGGCCCGGUGGAGCAGCGAGAAUGUCGUGGUGGAGUUCAGAGACGCUCAGGCUACUGCGAUGUCAGUGGAUUGUUUAGGGCGCUAUGCUGUGCUUUCAGGGAGGCGUUUUUUGUACGUUGUGAAUCUGGAGGCGCCGUCAGAAGCUCCUCGGAAAAUCGGCCGUCAGAGCAAGUGGGACGUCGGCACGGUCCAGUGGAACCCGCACAAGACGGAGGCUCACUUAUUCGCUGCAUCGAGCAAUCAGCGUGUGGACCUGUACGUAUGGCGUGAUGGAUGUGGGGAGUCUCACACGUCCCUGCAAGGCCACACGCGGGUCAUAAGUGAUUUGGAUUGGUCGUGGUUUGAGCCAGAACUUCUAGUCACAAGUUCAGUGGACACCUACAUCUACAUAUGGGACACAAGAGACACACGUAAGCCUACAGGAGCUCUAUCAGCAGUGGCUGGAGCAUCUCAGGUGAAGUGGAACAAAAAGAAUCAGCACUGCUUGGCUUCUAGUCACGACGGAGACGUCAGGAUCUGGGACAGACGGAAACCCAACACUGCUGUUGAAUAUGUUGCUGCACACUUAUCCAAGAUUCACGGUUUGGACUGGCAUCCCGAUAACGAGUACAUACUAGCAACCUCCAGCCAGGACAACUCCGUCAGGUUCUGGGACUACAGACAACCUCGAAAGUACCUCAAUAUCCUGUCCUGCCAAGUUCCGGUUUGGAAGGCCAGAUACACGCCGUUUUCCAACGGGUUGGUGACGGUGAUGGUGCCGCAGCUCAGGCGGGAGAACAGCCUCCUCCUGUGGAGUACUCUGGACCUCAACAGCCCCGUUCAUGCGUUCGUAGGUCAUGACGACGUGGUGCUCGAGUUUCAAUGGAGGCCUCAGAAAGAAGGAUCAAAGGACUGCCAACUAGUCACAUGGUCCAGAGAUCAGACACUUCGGAUAUGGAGGGUGGAUCCUCAGUUACAGAAGUUAUGUGCUAAUGACAAUGUGGAGGAGUUGAUGGAAGGCAUGACUCUCACGACAGAGUCUGAGAAGACACUCCGCUCCCAAGAACCUCCACUAAGCCCCAGUCUCACCACCAACGAGCUGCAGGGUCAGUUUGAGGCGUCCAGCGGUAGGCAGGACCCAGCAGGCCUCGCUCAGACUCUGCAGCAGGAGUUCUCGCUGGUCAACCUGCAGAUCCGCAACGUCAAUGUGGAGAUGGAUGCUGUGAACCGCUCCUGCUUCGUCUCGGCCCACUGUGGAGCAAAUCAGGUCAGGCUGGUAGUGAAGUUUCCCGCACAGUAUCCGAACAACGCAGCACCGUCUUUCCAGUUCGUUUCCCCAACAACCAUCUCAUCCUCCAUGAAGACCAAGAUACAGAAGAUCUUGACAGACACUUCGCUUCAGAAAGUGAAGAGGAACCAGAACUGCCUGGAGCCAUGUGUAAGGCAGCUGGUGUCCUGCCUCGAAUCUGAUUUGGAGGACGGCACUAAUCCCCAUGUGUUCGGUAACUCUGUCAGCCCGGCCCUUCCUGCUUUCCCUCGCGUCACCAACACAUACGGGUCUUACCAGGAUGCUAACAUCCCUUUCCCUCGUACCUCAGGCGCCCGAUUCUGUGGCACAGGCUCUCUGGUUUAUUUCACUCGGCCCAUGUCCAUGCAUCGCACCGUCCCUAAUACAGAACCAACACCUCGAUCACUCUCCGCUCUGUCUGCGUACCACAGUGGCCUUAUGACCCCAAUGAAAAUGCGCAGCGAGUCUCAGUCCACGCUGCGGUUGUACAGCGGGAGUCCAACACGCUCUGAUAAAGAGCAAGUAUCCAUCUCUUCCUUCUACUACAAGGAACGGAAGCCUCUUUUUGUCCAUCGGCGCUGGUCUGUGCAGACUAUUGCAGACUGUCCGAAAUCCCGACGCUGGAAAGGGAAACGAGAGGGAACAGACUACAGCAAUAAAGCGCUCAAACUGGCUGGUAAAGUAAUCAUUCAGGAGAUUUCCUGUCUCCUCCCGAUACACAAAGCUCUCGGAGAGGCCUACGUAUUAAAUAUGAACGACAUACGGGACACGUGUCAGAAGAACGCAGCCGCAGCUCUGGCGGUCGGGCGUAGAGAUUUGGCAAAGGUUUGGGCGUUGGCCUCUGCAGCGACCAGCCUUGACCUGUGCCCUGACUCCGAUCCUGACGCAGACACGCCCUGGGCCCGGCACCCGUUUGGGCGACAGCUACUGGAUACUCUGCUUGAACACUACAGUCAGAUGAGUGAUGUUCAGAGUCUGGCCAUGCUGUGCAGUGUGUUCAGGGGUCAGGGAAUCCCUCAGGAUUAUUUCACACUGUAUGGCCCACGCAGCUCUGGCUUCACCCUGCACCACUCGCGCUACCCCAGCUUCACUUCCAGUUCACUGACUUCUGGUUCCUGCUCCAGUACCUCCGACUCCAUCAAUGCUGCAUGGAACAUGGCUGGACGUGAAGCUGAACAAGCUCCACCAUGGGGAGAGUCCUCUCCUGACGAGGUUCGCUACGCUAACCAGGCUUACACAGAUCCCCGGGAACGCGAGAAAGAGCAACACGACAUGAACAAAAGAUUAUUAGACCCGGCGAACACCCUACAGUUUGACGACUUUAAGAAGUGUUACGGAGAGAUUCUGCACCGCUGGGGGCUGAAGGAGAAGAGGGCAGAAGUUCUGAAGUUUGUGUCCUGCCCUCCAGAGCCACACAAAGGGAUCGAGUUUGGCGUGUACUGCUGCCACUGUCGGAGCCAGGCCCGAGGCACUCAGUGUGCCGUGUGCAAGCGCUUCACCUUCCAGUGCGCCAUCUGCCACGUGGCUGUCCGCGGCUCGUCCAACUUCUGCCUGAGCUGCGGCCACGGCGGCCACACCAGUCACAUGAUGGAGUGGUUCCGCUCACAGGAAGUCUGUCCCACAGGCUGCGGCUGUCACUGUCUCCUCCAGAGCACUUUCUGAAGCCUUUUGUGUCUCUUCACCAACACUGGAGGUCUCAGGAGAUCUGUCUCGAAUCAUUCGGUACUGUAAAAAACAAAAAAACAAAACAAAACUGUUGACUAUUUUUUUUUUUUAAUGCAGCACUAAUAACAGAUCUCAGAUUUCUAUGCUGCUCUAACAGACCUUUUAUGACGGUGGUCUUCACAGUAUGCAAGACACACAGUUUACACCAGCCUUAUACAGUAAUAAUCACUUCAUAUACAGAAAGUGACAUUUUAUUUCCAAUCCUGGUUCACUGGUUCGGGUACAUUGCAGGGUUUUCUUAAAAAAAAAAUAGAAAUCCGUGAAAACAAGACGAGAAGAACUAAGGGCCGUGCUCUUGUAUAAGGGAGUAGUGUGUUAAAUGAUCAACCAGUGCGCACACACACACACACACACACACACACACACACACACACACACACACACACACCGUUUGUGCUCGAUAUGAAGAAACACAUUUGUAAAGUAACCACACCUUUUCCUGCACAACAGUUAUUCUCUCACUCUUUCUUUCCCUCUAUCUUUCUGGUACAUGCAAAAGGUUCAGUAUGUCACUACCAUCUGAUCCGUGAUAGAGGGUCUGGACAAUCAAUGAAACAUAGACUCGAGACACUAACUCCUGGGACGCACUGGUAUAUCAGUGUUAAUAUGCAAAACGAUUGCAGUGAUAGGAAUUAAUUUAUUUAAGCCACACACGGGGUCCGGCUGUGGGUGCGUAUAAUAAUCAUCAGAAAUAUUAUACAUCUUCAGUAUUUACCUUUACUUUCCUUUUGUUUUAUUUGUAUUACAGAUGUAGAUUUUCGUACUUUUUUUUUUCACCGGGAGUGCAGGAUCGUGCUCUGGAAUGUGCGUAAAUGAGACCACAAUGAUCUCGUGCAUUUUUAUUUCAAUAAAGAAUGGAACGAUUUUUCACA